GUGCUCUCUCCCACUUCCGGGAGGGCACCGCGCAGGAGCGAUUUACAGACUCCGCGUCGCGGUGCCUUUUAUUCUGAGACCGGCUCGGGUGAUCUGAGCGGUCUGUGCAGCCAGGAAACCUGGGAAUACGGUACUGAGGGCGCCGUGGCCCGAGGGUUAUAUAUCUUGUUAGAGAUGCAUCCUGACCCUCAAACUAAAUAGAAAACUCCGGGAAGACAUGAAGUACAAAGCUCUGCAUGUAGUAGCUGCUCAAUAAGCUUUUUCCAGAGAUGAGAAAGAAUGCCAUGAAGACACCACUGAGUGAAAAAAUGGUGUUUGAUUUCACAGAGUAAAUUCUCUUUGAGAAGAAACUUGCAGGUAUCAAAACAUGAGUGAGAUAGAGCAAGCGGAGGCUCAGCUCUCUGAGUUAGACCUGCUGGCCAGUAUGUUCCCUGGUGAGAACGAAUUCAUAGUGAAUGACCAGCUGGCUUUAGCAGAACUGAAAGAUUGUAUUGAAAAGAGGACCAUGGAGGGGCGAUCUUCAAAAGUUUAUUUUACUGUCAAUAUGAACCUGGACGUUUCUGAGGAAGCAAUGGUGAUGUUUUCUCUGGCCUGUAUUCUUCCUUUUAAAUACCCUGCAGUUUUGCCUGAAAUUACUGUCAGAUCAGUAUCACUAAGUAGAUCCCAGCAGACCCAGCUGAACACAGAUCUGAUCACAUAUCUGCAAAAGAAUUGUUGUGGAGAUGUCUGUAUACUGAACGCCACUGAUUGGGUUAGAGAACAUGCUUCUGGCUAUAUCAGCAGAGAUGCCACAUCAUCCACCACCACAGGAAGCCCAGCCCAGUCAGUAGAUGUCAUUCUCACGCGACUCUGGAUUUAUAGCCAUCACAUCUACAACAAAUGCAAAAGAAAGAAUAUUCUAGAGUGGGCGAAGGAGCUUUCCCUGUCUGGAUUUAGCAUGCCUGGGAAACCUGGUGUUGUUUGUGUGGAAGGGCCACAAAGUGCUUGUGAAGAAUUCUGGUCAAGGCUCAGAAAAUUAAACUAGAAGAGAAUUUUAAUUCGCCAUAGAGAAGAUAUUCCUUUUGAUGGUACAAAUGACAGAAUGGAAAAACAAAGAAAAUUUUCAAUUUUUGAAGAAAAACUAUUUAAUGUUAAUGGAACCAGAGGAAACCACAUGGACUUUGGUCAGCUGUAUCAGUUUUUAAAUACCAGAGGAUGUGGGGAUGUUUUCCAGAUGUACUUUGGUGUGGAAGGACAAUGAGCAGAGGAUAGUUGAAAGUAUUUUGUUCACUAUUGUCCUUUUGAUUUUUCCCACUCUUUCUUAAAAGAUUGAGUCAUUUUAUUUUAGUCCCAUUCUAGAAAGUUAGGAAGGAAAAAGAAGUAGUAUAACUGGAAUGCAUCUGUUAAAAAUAGGUAAAACAUCUGAUCAUAAGAAAGCAUAACAAUCAUGAUUGAAAGCAGAACUGAGUUUCAGGUUAUAAUCUUAAAAGUGUUGCUAGAAAUUUCUUGGCAUAAAAACUACCCACUUUGAAAGAGAAACUAAUUGCACUUGAGGUAGAUAAUGUUGGUGGUCCAAGUCGCCACCCAAUCCCAAACCAUCUCCCUUACCUGCCUCCACUAAACACCCUGGAAAAGCUAAAUGUUCACUCCCCCAGCCUCUGUUACAGCUAGAUGUGGCCUUGGGACACAGCUUUGGCUAAGGGACUUCUGCAGAAACUUCUGUUUUACUGGUUAAAGUGAUAGAUGCAGCUAGGCCACCUCUUGCCUUCUUCCUGCCACAAAUACCAGCAUGAUGGCUGGAGCUGCAGUAGUUCUUUCAACCAUGAGGUAUGAAAGGGCCAAGAAAACCACAGAAAUGCCAAUGCCCAUGUUAUCAAGCUGCUGAUUCAACCCUAUUUGCUGCCUACCUCUAGACUUCUUAUGAUGAAGUAAAGCAAAACCAGUUGUGUUUAAAUUUCUGUGCCUGAUACUAACAAUUGAAAGCAAGUUUGCCAAAUAGAUUUUUUUCGAAGCUUUAGUUUGCGUGUACCUCAGCUAUUUCAUGUACAAAUAGAUGGAGUUCUUCUUAAACAAAGUUUGAAGUUUGUCCUUAUUUUUGUACACUUAGGCCCUGCUUGGGAUCCUGGGCUUGCCUCACAAAGGUGGAGGAAAGGGUAGAACUUGAACUUUUUAACAAGCCUCAAUAAUUCAGCAAAUUAGUAAUCUAGAGAAAUAGUUUUUGGCAAAUUGGAUUUUGAUAAAUUUUUCACUCUAGAAAAUGGCUUUCUACAAAUUUAUUUUCAGCAAAUUGACCUAGAGCCAAAUAAACACACCACCUGGUUUUUGAGGCCCUUUGUCAAUAAGUUCAAAAAGUGUUUAUUAAGGAUUCACUAAUUGCUGUCACUUAGGUUGGCACCAUGUGUUGGAUCUUCCUUGAAAGGUAAGACUUGUUUGUGGGGUUAGUGGUGAAGGGGGUGACCAGGAAUGCAUUAUUUAUCUUAAUAAAAAGUUGGAGGCAAUGUAUGUAUCUAUCACUAAGUAAUCAGUAAGUAAAAUAUGACAUGCAUAUUAUGUAAUACUACCAAAGGUCAAAAGGAAUAAAGUAUAGUUAAUAUGA